UCUAAAGUAAUCCUUUAACAUUACAAAGCUCUCAAUUCUAAAUUAGAUCCCCCUAUAAAUAUAGAUAUAGAUAUAUAACAAUGCAGCAGAUAGGGUUUGUUAAUACGAUGAGAUAUAUAAUGACGAUUGGUGUUGUAUUGUCAUCAUCGAUGUUAUUAAGGGAAGUUGAUGGGAUUAGAUUUGUGAUAGACAGAGAAGAAUGUUUGUCACACAAUGUUGAAUAUGAAGGUGACAAUGUUCAUGUUUCUUUUGUUGUUAUUAAGGUUGAAACUAUGUGGCAUUUCACAGAAGAUGGUGUUGAUCUUCUGAUAAAAGGCCCCGGGGACGAACACAUUUAUGAAAUACAAGACAGAACCAGUGAGAAAUAUGAGUUUAUAGCUCAAAAGAAAGGUGUAUACCAUUUCUGCUUUACAAACAAGUCUCCAUAUCAUGAAACCGUUGACUUUGAUGUCCAGGUUGCCCAUUUCGCGUACCAUGAUCAGCAUGCCAAGGAUGAGCAUUUCAACCCAUUAUUUGAACAAAUAUCGAAACUAGAAGAAGCUCUUUACAACAUUCAGUUUGAGCAGCAUUGGUUAGAGGCUGAAACAGAUCGUCAGGCAUUAGUAAAUGAGGUAAUGAGUAAGAGAGCGGUUCACAAGGCAAUAAUAGAAUCUAUAGCGCUGGUAGGUGCUAGUGUUCUUCAGGUUUAUCUUCUCCAACGUUUGUUUGAGCGCAAGCUCGGGACUUCAAGAGUUUAAGAUGGUUAUGUUGGAUCCACAACCAUUGAGGAAGUGGUAUUCCACUUCACGGUUUUGUAUAAGCAGAAAUUGUCUUGGAUAGUUUCUUUUAUCUUUUGUGCAUUUUUAGCUUAGUUGUUGUAUGGCUAUGACCAAGUUUAUGGAUGUCAAGAAUGACUUUCUCUUCUCAGGAAUGCAAGACAUUAGCUACCAUUGGUCA